CUCCAGUGCCUCCCAAGGAGAAGAGUCUCUCACUUUUUUGAAGGGAUUUUGACAGCAGUAAACUGUAAGAGAAAACUUUCUGCAAGAUAGAUAACAAAAGGUAACGGAGAAGAUCCAAAAACUGGAAGUAGGAUGGAACGCUUUCAACAAGGAGUCCAGAAACGUGCACUUUUGGCAAAAAAAAAGGUGCAGAGCAUAACAAAGGAUGAUGUUAAAAGUUAUUUAUUGAGGAAUGCCUUUGUGCUCUUCACCAUUGUUGCUGUCAUUCUCGGUGUAAUCCUUGGAUUUUCUCUUCGAUCAUAUAAGAUGAGUUAUCGGGAAGUCAAGUACUUUUCAUUUCCAGGAGAGCUACUCAUGAGGAUGCUGCAAAUGCUGGUCCUGCCGCUAAUUGUAUCCAGUUUAGUCACAGGAAUUGCUGCCCUGGAUAGUAAAGCAUCAGGGAAGAUGGGAGUCCGAGCAGUAGUCUACUACAUGAGCACCACGAUCAUUGCUGUACUGAUUGGUAUAAUCAUUGUGGUCAUCAUCCACCCUGGGAAAGGCACAAAAGAAAACAUGCACAGAGAAGGCAAAAUUGUGCAAGUGACAGCAGCAGAUGCCUUUCUUGAUUUAAUCAGAAAUAUGUUCCCUCCAAACUUGGUGGAAGCUUGCUUUAAACAGUUCAAAACUAACUAUGAGAAGAGAAUGUUCAAAGUAGGGAUUCCUCCCAACGACACGUCCACAGUGGCCUCCAUAAUAAGUAACAUGUCAGAAGCAAUGGAAGCCCUCACCCGAAUGAAAGAGGAAAUGGUUCCUGUUCAAGGCUCUGUAAAUGGAGUGAAUGCCCUUGGCUUGGUGGUUUUCUCAAUAAGCUUUGGCCUGGUCAUUGGAAGCAUGAAGGAGCAAGGUCAGGCAUUAAAAGACUUCUUUGAUAGCCUGAAUGAGGCUAUCAUGCGAUUGGUAGCUCUAAUCAUGUGGUAUGCUCCACUUGGAAUCCUCUUCUUGAUUGCUGGAAAAAUUGUUGAGAUGGAAGACAUGGGUGUGAUUGGUGGUCAGCUUGCCAUGUAUACUGUAACAGUUAUCAUCGGUUUGCUAAUUCACGCUGUCAUCAUCCUACCUCUUCUCUACUUCUUGAUCACUCAAAAGAACCCUUGGGUAUUUAUUGGAGGACUGAUUCAGGCACUAGUUACAGCUUUGGGAACAUCUUCCAGUUCUGCCACACUACCUGUUACAUUUAAGUGUCUAGAAGAAAUAAACGGAGUGGACAAGCGAGUUACAAGAUUUGUACUCCCAGUUGGUGCUACAAUUAAUAUGGAUGGAACUGCUUUAUAUGAGGCUUUGGCUGCAAUUUUCAUUGCACAGGUUAACAACUUUGAUCUGAACUUUGGUCAGAUUAUCACAAUCAGCAUCACAGCUACAGCUGCCAGCAUUGGGACUGCAGGUAUUCCUCAAGCUGGACUGGUCACCAUGGUCAUUGUGCUCACAUCCGUAGGCUUGCCUACAGAUGAUAUCACUCUUAUCAUCACAGUGGACUGGUUCUUGGAUCGUCUCCGUACCACUACCAAUGUCUUGGGAGACUCCAUUGGAGCAGGAAUUGUUGAACAUUUAUCACGGCAUGAGCUGAAGAACAGGGAUGUCGAGAUGGGUAAUUCUGUGAUAGAGGAAAACGAAAUGAAGAAACCUUACCAGCUGAUCUCGCAGGAAAAUGGGAGUGAGAAACCCUUAGAUAGUGAAACCAAGAUGUAGAGUGAAGAAGGCAUGAGUCUAACACUGCAAGUGUGGAAAGCUUAUACUUUUUCCAGCCAUUUGUAUCUUGAAUUCACCAAGCCCAGUUAGUCCUUGUUUUUUCCCUUCAUGCUAGCAUUGGAAAAUAAUUAGUGAAAAUCUAUUCCAAAUUAGCAGUGAUCAAGGUAUAUGUUGGCUUCCCACUUAAAAAAAAUUAACAGGCAACACGACUGGUCCUGCUAGACAUGUGCUAACUGA